AUGCCUUCCGCAGAUAUCGACCUCCAGGACACGCCGCCAUCCAUCAACCCAUACGAAGUCCUAUCCAUCGAUAAAUCCGCCACACCCGACCAAAUCAAGUCCGCCUACCGCAAAGCCGCCCUCCGACAUCACCCGGACAAAGCUUGCGACACCGACAAGGAAGAAGCGCACACCAAAUUUCAAGAAGUCGCCUUCGCCUACGCCAUCCUCUCCGAUGAGCGAAGGCGGAGACGCUAUGACGCCACCGGCAGCACAUCCGAAUCCCUCGACCUCGAAGACGACGACUUCAACUGGGCCGACUUCUUCCACGAACAGUUCGAGCACGUGAUUAGUGAGGAUAGCAUAAAUGACUUUGCCAAGAGUUAUAAGGGGAGUGAGGAGGAGAAGCAGCAUGUACUGAAGGCGUACGAGAAGUGCGGCGGGAAUAUGGAGAAGUUGUAUGAGGAGGUCAUGUUGAGCGAUAUGCUGGAGGAUGAGGACCGGUUCCGAGUCACAAUCGACAAGGGCAUUGAUGAGGGCGAGGUGGAGGGGUAUAAGAAGUAUACUGCCGAGUCCGAGGCGGCGAGGAAGAAGAGGAUGGAUAGGGCACGGAAGAGGAAGGAGAAAGAAGCCAAGGAAGCUAGUGCAGCGGAGAUGGAGACAGACGAGGAUCCUCAAUCGAAAAUGAACAGGGCCAAGGCGAAGAAGGGCAAGGGUGAUAUGGGUGAUCUUGCAGCUCUAAUCCAGAGUAGACAGAAGGAUCGUGCUGGCGAUUUCUUCGCGGGGUUGGAGGCAAAGUAUGCUGGUGGAAGUGGUGGUGGGAAGAAGAGCGCGAAGAGGAGUAGUGAGGACGAAGGUCCGAGCGAGGAGGCUUUCGCGGCGAACAGGAAGAAGGGGAAGGCUUCCACGAAUGGUGGUGGCGAGGAUGCGGAGGCUGGGGCGAGGAGGACUCGGAGGCCAGUCUGGUAA